AGUGGUUUAUGUUAUUUUUUUAAAGCUGCUAUUUUUUCGAUUUCUUCUUUUGUCAAUAUCAUUCAGUAACGGGGUUCUCGUAGGAGAUUUUAAACGUAAAUCUUCAAGAACGAGAUGGCAAGAGGAGAGGGCGCAGAGCAGUACUCCAAUGCAAGUCUCCUGCAAAAACCCAGCCCAGAUGAAAUCAAAUUGGCAGCAAAGCAUGAAUCAAAGGGCCGGUUGUCGUUGUGCAACAAGUUGUGUUAUGCCGUUGGAGGAGCACCAUAUCAGAUAACAGGAUGUGCAAUCGGCUUCUUCCUUCAGAUCUACCUGCUGGACGUUGCUUUGUUGGACCCAUUUUAUGCCUCCAUCAUCUUGUUUGUGGGUCGAGCAUGGGAUGCUAUCACAGACCCUACUGUGGGUUUUCUGGUCAGCCGGAGUCCCUGGACCAGAUUUGGACGAAUGAUGCCCUGGAUCAUUCUGUCUACCCCAUUUGCUGUGCUGUGCUAUUUCCUCAUCUGGUACGUGCCGCCUGGUGACCAAGGCAAGAUUGCCUGGUACCUGGUCUUCUACUGCCUCUUCCAAACAUUACAGACAUGCUUCCAUGUACCAUACUCUGCUCUUACCAUGUUUAUCAGUACUGAACAGAAAGAGAGGGAUUCGGCCACAGCCUACCGAAUGACUGUUGAGGUUUUGGGCACGCUCAUUGGCACUGCUGUUCAAGGUCAGAUUGUGGGAAUGGCUAACGCUCCCUGUAUCAGCUCUGGAGAGGUCCUGAACUCCACAGAUCUACAGGUGUCUCCCGAUGUCAACAUCACUGAGCCUCAUGUUUCACUAGAGAAUCUGAGAAAUGCUUACAUGAUCGCGUCUGGUGUCAUCUGCAUCAUUUAUGUUCUCUGUGCCGUGGUCUUGUUCCUUGGUGUGAAAGAACGAAAAGAGACCUGCAGGGUUAGAACUGAGCCCAUGUCAUUUUUCCAGGGCAUUCGUAUGGUUAUGGGUCACGGCCCAUAUGCCAAGCUGGUCAUGGGCUUCCUCUUCACCUCUCUGGCCUUUAUGUUUUUAGAGGGAAACUUUGCACUAUUCUGUAGCUACACCCUGGGCUUUAGGAACGACUUCCAAAACAUCCUGCUCGUCAUUAUGCUCUCCGCCACACUUGCUAUCCCAUUUUGGCAAUGGUUCCUCACGAAAUUUGGCAAGAAGACUGCCGUGUAUAUUGGGACUACAUCUGUGGUGCCUUUCCUGGUCUCUGUAGUCUUGGUGCCAAGCAGUCUUUAUGUGACAUACAUUGUGGCUUUUGCGGCUGGAGUCAGUGUAGCAGCGGCUUUCCUUCUUCCCUGGUCAAUGCUUCCCGACGUCGUGGAUGAUUUUAAAGUCCAAAAUCCUGAUUCUCAGGGCCAUGAAGCCAUCUUCUACUCCUUCUAUGUGUUCUUUACUAAGUUUGCAUCUGGAGUCUCAUUGGGGGUCUCAACUCUUAGUCUUGAUUUUGCCGGCUAUGUGACGAGAGGUUGCACGCAACCCGCCGAGGUCGAUUUAACCUUGAAGAUCCUGGUGUCUGCCGCUCCGAUAGUCUUGAUCAUUAUCGGGCUGCUAAUAUUCAUCUCCUAUCCCAUCACUGAGGAAAAGAGACAAGGCAACCGCAAACUUCUUAAUGAACAAAGAGAAAAUGAGAUCGACUCAGAAGCAGACUCCACUGAGCUCAAUGUAGUUUAAUAGCACCAGAACCCUUGACAGGACAUUGUGCCAUUUGCGUCGGACCUACAGUACAGAGCCAAAACAAACCGAGCGGAUGCUUUGAACCAACCAGGCUGCCUUAUGGCUGAGAACUUCCACCCAUAUCACCCCUACACAACAGUGGAUCAACUUGAAAUGUAGCCUUUGCCAGCUCAAGUUCAAAGUGCCUUGCCAAUUUCCAGUCGCAAGUGCUAAUGGACGCUAGAAAUGUUUCUCUGACUUGCCUAAAUCCGAAGGGCGGGCUUCUGUGUGUAUUUGUGCUGCUCUCUGGCAUAGGAUCUCAAAGCAAACUGCCAGCUUUUGAAAAGCACACAUCUAUAAUGCACUAACAAAAAAACAAGAUCUGAGGUGGGACACGUCUACCGUAAGAAGAAACUUGAAACAUUUAGAAAGGUUUUUAAGGUGCUAAAACCAAAAAUACAUUUCAAUCAUGAUUGAAAGGUACAUUUUGGAAGGAAUAUCAGUGUAACUGUACACUACGUAAGUAAUAUUUGUAUGUAAUUUAAUAUUUAUAAAUACUUUUGUGCAUCUGACUGAAUAUACAAACUUGAAACCAUGAGACCUAAGUGGGGUUUGAUUACAUCAAACUUUAGAAUUGCGCACAAAGGGUUAUUGUUUAUUUCUUGUAUUACUUUCCUUUGCGUACACCUUCUAUUAUGUUCCUUUUUAUCUGUUUCUGCUCUUGUGGGGCAUACAGAGCUCUAUUAGAGGGAUGUGCUGAGGGAUAAACGUACAGAUUUGGUCCCUCAACGCUUCAGAUCAGAAGAACUGAUUCGAUUAAGUUCUGGAUGGAUCAGCUAAAGUGUGAAUGAAUGGUACAGCUGACAACUGAGGCAAUUAACCAGCAGGAUGCCAUCAGAGUGAGUGGGGUUAAAAUGCUUCGUCUGAGGUGAACAAGAUUAUUUAAGUAUUUAUUACUUUUGUUUUAAAUCAUAUGUUGGUUUGAUUACGUAUGUUUCUCCCAUCUUCCUUAAUUUAUCUUGUUUAAGGGUCUCAGUCAGUAAAAUAAGGGCAAUUAGAAUAGUUGUCGCUGCUGAAUUAUGUCUAAUAUGCCAUUAAUUCCUAUGGAAAAGCCAAUCAAUGUGUUUUAUAGGUGACACUGCUGUUUGUUUAGUUGUUAAAUUAAUGUGAUUUCUGCCUGCUCUGGUCGUUAGUCGGUGUCCUUUUGUUUUUCUGUGUUGUAGUUAUCAAAAGUGCUUUUAUUAUUGUAUAGUAAUAAUAAAUGUCAGUUCUCUGUAAAUUUGGUGUCAAAGAUUUGAAUGCCAAGUGUUUCCCUACCAUGUGAUGUGAUAUAUGUACAUAGACCAGCUGAAAAUAUGUACUUUUCAUUUUCUAUCUGGGGAAAAUGGAAUUACUUGUAAAUAACAUUUGUGUCAAGUGCCGUAUGUUAUACAUAUGUACAUAUGAUGAUGCACAUUGAAAUAUCAUCAGUGCAUUUUUUUUUUUAUGUUAAUACCGUUGUCUUACACCUGUCAGAGUAUUGUAUUGAUGCAUCUGUGACAUUUCUUUAUGGUUUUCAUUAACACCAGUUUGUGAUGAUAUUUUGAUAUUUCCAUAUUCUGGUAUCAAAAAUGAGUGAUUGUAUAUAAUAAAUGUGCUGAUGUUUGUACAUAGAUUUCUUCUUUUUUUUUUUUUUUGGUUGGAUGGAAUUGUUAUAAAUGUACAUGUGUGUAGUUAUUUAAAGGAAAUGUUACAAAAAAUGUCUGUUAAUAAAUGCUACCACAAUUAA